ACUAAACGACAAUUACAGCAAACGCCAGAGGGUCGGUGAUAUUCCUUCCAGUCCACAACAACGAUAGGGAUUAUUAAAACAUAAUCUAACGCGCAUUUUAAAUGUUGCCCAAUCGUCCUAGGAGAAAGCCAUUGAGGCUGCAAUCGUACACACUUAGUACGAGGAACCUGUGGCUGUCUAAGUAGCGUCGGACUAAGGGUGGCCUCACUCGGAACACCGACUAUUCGGGCUACGGCUGAUGGGAACAGUAGUCCAUCUACAUCUGGAACCCUGUAAGUGCCCCUUGGCAAUCGUGUUGAAUUCAGAGGGGCUCAUUUCUGAUUACCGACGUUUAGGAUUGCCCUGUCGGCUUUCGGGGACUUGGCGGGAAUGAUUUGUGAAUCAACAGACAUGAAGUGGCGCUCGAAGGCUCUCCGAGGGUCUCGCACGCCUUUUUUUUUUCAACACCGCCGAGGCGACCUUUCCUCGGUUUGAGACGCGGUCGACCAGGCAGCCCAGCCUCCUUCAGUGACUCACGGGAAGGGGAGUACCAACCCGUGCUGGAGGGGAGGACGGCUGCCGAUGAAGAGAAAGCGUUUCCACGUAGGCUCGCUUUGGGAUCCGCGAAGGGCGCCCAGAUCGACCCGCAGGCCUUCCCUAAACACAGCAGGGUGGAUUGUGUUGCUUCCAAGUCGGCUGCACGGAAGAGUUUGCAUUUCCUUUUCUUUCUCUCCCCCCCCCACAGUCCCGGCUCAUAGUACGGCCCGGCCUGGCCAAAGUUUUUCCGGCGGGGAACGCGCGUCGCCCUCGGGGAAGUGGCCUGACCGAGAUCUGGACUUCGUGGGCGCUCGGUGGAGUCGGCGGCGGCAUGGCGUUGCCCGGUGGAAAUAAGGAUAACAUCAGGGCUGGAUGCAAGAAAUGUGGCUAUCCGGGUCAUCUAACAUUUGAAUGCCGAAACUUUCUCCGGGUGGAUCCAAAAAGAGACAUUGUUUUGGAUGUCAGCAGCACAAGUAGUGAAGACAGUGAGGAAGAGGAACUGGGAAAGCUGCAAACCGCUCCUGAAAAAAAGAGUACUGCAGAGGAAGAAGAAAAGAAAAAAACAAGGAAGAAAAGCAAAGAAAAAAAAUUUAAAAAAGCAAGGAAAAGAUCUUAUUCCUCCAGUUCCACAGAUGAAGAUGAGCCUAAACCCAAAAAACAGAAAUCCCAUAAGAGGGAGAAAAAGAAAGAGAAAAAGAGUAAAUCCAAGAAAAGGAAACAUCACCACAAAAAGGGGAAAAAGAAGAGGAAGAAGGGGAAAGAUUCUUCAUCUUCUGAUAGUUCAGACUCUUCUAGCAGUGACUAAGAACCAAAUCUAGGAUGCCAUAGACCCAUUCAUAUCAGAAUUACAAUGCCAUACUGUUGAAUAUAUAUUUUUACUGAAAAAACCCCAUUAUUUAUAAAUAUCUCCUUAUAUUCAGCUAAACAUUUAUUUUAGAGAGAUUUUUUUUCUUCUUAGAAUUUUUAGUUUCAUUUUACAUCCAUUUUACAGUCCUUUAAUAUCUGCUUUAAAAUCUGGCUUCCAUGUAUGAGCAAAACCCAACAAAAACAAAAAAAAACCCAGCUACACUAAGGCUGCAGUUUUGUGGUCCUGAGCUCUCUGCUGUACCAGAGGGACAAAGGGAAGAUUGGUGCCAGAAGAGGAUUUGUACCCAUAAGGUCUUGUGAUGUGACCCAGGAUGCAUGCACGGGAUGAGGACUGUGCCACCCCUACAGCUGGUAUUAGUGUAAUCAGUGGGAGGGAAACAAUAAUGGGGGGGGGGGAACCCUGCAACAUGGAAAGGUGAAAAGUGUACCAACACCACCUUCUGCCCUGCAUGUGUACGUCCAGGAAAAUGAUUUCCCCGGUUUGGAGUCUCCCCCUCCCAAUGUUGAAGAUUGUCCUUCUUGGCUGGGAAAUUCUCAGUAGGUAUUGAAGCUUCUGCUGUUGCCUACAAACAUUUUCAUAUAUUAUAAUCCAUCCAGGCACAUCAUAAUAGCCCACAUGCUCAGUCAUCGAUAAAAUAGGAUGGGGUGCACAAGGCAUGUCAUUUUUCAGUGGCAAGCAGUUUAAAAAUGGACCCUUUGUGUUAUAUGGGGAAAAAAGGAAAAAGUUAAAAGCCUUUGUAAUAAAUAGUUGGCUGUGUUUACUCCAACCUUGGGAUAGAUGUUUCAAAUCAGUCCUAUUUUGUUUAUGUAUAAAAUUGGGAAUUACCCACAAAGGAAUGGGAUUAUAUAUGGACAACAGAAAUGGUGGACAUUUCUAAGAUUUAUCAUACAUGUUUCAUCUUGCAGUUAGAUCCUUAUACAGAGAGUUGUAUGCAAAGGUGUUGAUCUGUAAUGUUAAUAUUCUAUCUCCAAUACUGUUUUUCGCCCUGGCAAUGAUGUUCGUACAAACAAUAAGAAAAUGAGAUUUAUAUUUUGUGGGACCAAAGAAGUAAAAUAAGAGGUUAUGUG